UGCAAAUCUGUUUUCUGUUGUAUCAAAUCCCGCCAAAGGUACACGAGAAAGUGGCCAAAAUGGGUUACUUUGGUAACAUCUGUGCAUUGUGCGUUUUGGUUUUUGCUGUGGGGUCUAUUAAUUUCACUGAAGCCCGGUCCACCAAUGCGUUAAUUAGGCAUGAAGCCAAACGAGAUAUUCCUGAUCGCUGCAUCACCAACAGCGUGACACCCGUCACUUGCGACCACGCGACCAUCACAGACAACCUUCUGCCGCAUCCAGAUGACUGCCAGCUCUUCUACUAUUGCUUGGGCGCCGAUCUACCACCGAUAUGCCGACAGUGCCCAGCCGGAUUGCAUUUUAACCCUAAAAAGCAUGUUUGCGAUCAACCCCAACAAGCAGGAUGCCAAUCAAGUGACUCUUCUAGCACUGCUAGUCCUUCUACUGAGGUUCCUGAUUCUACUCCUCCGAGACUUGUUCCUACUACUGAGGAGUCUGAGUCUACUUUUCCGACAACUAUUUCUACUACUAAGCGUCCUGUUUCUACUACUAGGGCUCCCGUUUAUACUACGCUCCGUACCACUACUACUACUCGGAAAAGUGGGUGGUGUUGGUGGUGGUGCUAAAAUCAGUUUGGUGCAAAGGUUUACAGCGAAACAAAUUAAAUUACUAUUGUAACGGAUCUUGGCAAUAAUAAAUUUCUUAAGCAAAAA